UGCCGUGUUUAGUGAGGAUGUGCCACAAGGAGAGGCUGCUAGAAGAAAGAGUUGAGGGUGCCGAAACAUUAGCUUACUUAAUAGAGACUGAUGUGGAACUGCAGAGAAUUGCCAGCAUUACGGAUCAUCUUAUUGCAAUGCUAGCUGAUUACUUUAAAUAUCCAAGCUCGCUUGACCAUGACUUAAAGCAUGCUCAUGAACUUCGCCAAGCUGCAUUUAAGCUGUAUGCCUCACUUGGAGCAAAUGAUGAAGACAUCCGGAAGAAGAUCAUUGAAACUGAAACUAUGAUGGACCGAAUUGUGAACGGCUUGUCUGAGUCUAGUAUCAAAGUGCGGUUAGCAGCGGUCAGAUGUUUACAUAGCUUGUCCAGGUCUGUGCAGCAGCUUCGCACAAGUUUUCAGGAUCAUGCUGUUUGGAAACCUUUGAUGAAGGUAUUGCAGAAUGCUCCUGAUGAAGUCUUAGUAGUUGCAUCCUCGACACUGUGUAAUCUUCUUCUUGAAUUCUCUCCAAGUAAAGAGCCUAUACUUGAAUCUGGAGCUGUAGAACUGCUGUGCAGUUUGACCCAGAGUGAAAAUCCUGCCCUUCGAGUUAAUGGAAUCUGGGCUUUAAUGAACAUGGCAUUUCAAGCUGAACAGAAGAUUAAGACAGAUAUAUUGCGUGGUCUGAGCACAGAGCAGCUUUUCAGGUUAUUGUCAGAUACAGAUGUGAAUGUACUAAUGAAGACGCUGGGCCUUCUCAGGAAUCUUCUUUCAACCAGGCCGCAUAUAGACCAGAUAAUGAGCACUCAUGGAAAACAGAUAAUGCAGGCUGUGACACUCAUUCUUGAGGGGGAGCACAAUAUUGAAGUCAAGGAACAGACAUUAUGCAUACUGGCCAAUAUAGCAGAUGGCACAACAGCAAAAGACCUCAUCAUGACUAACGAUGACAUCUUACAGAAGAUUAAAUAUUAUAUGGCUCACUCCAAUAUUAAACUUCAACUGGCUGCAAUGUUUUGUGUAUCAAAUCUCAUAUGGAAUGAAGAAGAAGGUUCUCAAGAUCGGCAGGAUAAAUUGCGAGACAUAGGGAUAGUAGAUAUUCUGCACAAACUGAGUCAGUCAACAGAUCCAAAUCUUUGUGAUAAGGCAAAGACAGCACUGCAACAGUACCUUGCAUGACAUCCUAGCCAAAAAGAGGCUUUCAGGUGCCCUCGCAACUCAAGGACAAAAGGAAGGACUUUUCCUUGUUCCUUUUUAUUUGCACAAGUCACCUUGGACUGCAGUAUUCACUUGCAGCAAGUUGCAGCAGCAACUCAGGACGACUACCCAUGUCAUUGCAGAACGUUCAUAAUGAAAUGAAAUACUGAGAACGUGCUGGCGAGACAGAGAGAGACUGCACUUUUCUGAGAUAACAGAAUUUCAAGCUAGAAGAACAAUCUGCCUUUUCUUUGAGCCUAAAAGUAUCUGUUGUUGCUGCAGCCUCUUUGUUUGCGUGACUGGUUACCUCAAGAUACUUCUUUUUUUCUUAUCCUUUUUUUUGUGAAAAUCCUUUUCUACAGUUUUUCCAGGGAUUAAAUGUAGCUUGCUGUUUGGAAACUUUACAGAACUCUACACUGCACCAUUUUAGUGGAACGUUAUUUAAAGAAGAAAACUGUCAAAAGUGCCCUGAAAAAAUAGUAGAGCUGCAUCAAAUGAAUGUUGAGUGAACUAUAUGCAUUACUGAACCAAUUUACUAGACAACCUCUUUUAGAUAGUCUAGCAGUUCUCUGCCAUUUAUGCAAACUUUAAACUCUCAUAGUACUCAGAUGAAUGCUCACAUUUCUCACUCAUGAAACACACGUGUGCACCUACUUUUUCUAAACACUAAAGAAAAGUAAUAUAGUUUCCAAAAGUUUAAUUAUUUUUAAGUUAAUUAUUGCAUUCAUCUCUAACUCAGCUCAGUGAUGCUGUUUGUGUUAGGAGAGAGGGGCAAUACUUGAGCUGAAACAUUGAGCCUUGAUGGAUGCUUAUUUUUUUCAGCUACAGCCGUAGCAAGUCAUACUCACAUUAUUCAUCAUUUUUUUAGUGUGGCAAAUCUCUGCAUUUUAUUUUAUUUCUUUGAUAAAAAUAGCUUUAGAAAUCCAUUUGAAUGGCAAUUGGUCAUAAGCUUAUUUUCACAGAGUGACAAAGACGUCUUUAUUUUGUGGUAUUGCUAGUCUGACUUAGACAAUAGUGUUUGUGAGAAAUGAUUGCCUAGAAAUGAAUUUCUCUGCAAAACUCAUAAGUUUCAGUAUAAAGGCACUGGAUAUGAAACAUGCCCCUAAAAGAAUGUUUGAGCCAAGAUUUUGUAGCUUUAAAGAUUGGAUUGAUACCAGUGUGUUUGCGUAUGAAAAUUCAGAAAACCCUUUAUCUGCUUACUGAUUUUGGAUUUUUAUGAUGUGCAAAGUAAAACCUAAAAAAGUGUGGCUUCUUGGUUUGGACUCUUAAGAAUACUGCUGUUAAACUGCACCAGUGCGUUUCCUUCUCUGCUGCUAGAUCAGAAAGCCUGCCCCCCCUCCCCUUGGUUGACAGACAUCACUUUAACAGAGGAUUUUGGAUUAACUUAAUUUUUGCCUGCUGUGUUUUAAACAUAGUGAUGAUACUGUUUUCGAAUGAUUCACUUUUUGUUUUCUAGAGACGAAGGAGCAAUGGAACUUUAAGCAAAGACAAUCAGUAUGUGGCAUGGAAAAGGUUCAAUGUUGCAGUUACUCUGAGCAACAUUUUUUUUUUACAUGUUUGUUUGAAACAAAGCAUCUUUGACUUUUAAAAUAAAAAGACUGAUAUAUGUAUACACUGUA